AUGGAAAAAAGGUCUUAUAAUUGGCUGCUUAAGCUUUUAUCAAGCAGUUCCACAAACUUAAAUAUCCUCGAAACGAUUUUGGUUGCUGACUCAAAACUUUCAGCUCUUCAUUUUAAAGACAAUAAUUAUGGACUAAGCGUUUCAUUUCAGCAAUCCCAAUCUCUUCUAGAUUUCUUUGGGAAAGUGCACAAAGAAUUUUAUUUAUAGGGUUAGGUUUUCACUCGAGAACUUCUGGACAGCAAUAGCGGUUUAACUCUGGGGAUAACCAGAGGAACCACUCCUCAGUCCACUCAAGAUUUCGGGCUUUUACCUCUCAGCACAUCCCCACGGGAGGAUGACCCUUAGGCGGAACACGCGCAGGAGCUGAGUCGAGCGACAAGGGCGACGGCAACGCGCCGGGUGAGACGUGCAGCAGGGCUGGUGAAGCAGGAGUUGUUAGAAGGCUUGGACGGGGCUGACCGUGCCAAGAUGGCUCGCCUACGUCAUCAGUUUUGCCAUAGGCCCUUUUGGGCUGCGGCACUAGACACCUUAAACACCAGAUAAUUAAGUAAGUAAGUUAAGUAAGACAAUAGCAAAUACUAUUUUGAUGAGCACUAUUGAAUCCUGCUACCAAUUCAGUCCUGCAAUCCUUGCACAAUGGUCAUCAGAUUAGCUUUAAUUUAUGAAUCAAUAAAUUUAAUGCAAGUUAUUGUAUUGCACUUGGCUAAUUUAAUAAUUAAUGCCAUUAUCUAUAUCUUUGGCAUUAUAUUUAUAAAUAUAAAAAAAAAAUUAAUAUAUUUUCUAAUUAAUUGCUAAAUUAAUUUAAAUUUAUUAAUUAAUCAUAAAUAUAAGUAAUUUGUGGACUUAAUUUAACAAUAUAGUGUUUUAAUUGGGUUAUAUUUAAUUUAUUCUGCUUAUUUCCUAUCAAUUACUUCUAUAGGGUAAACCCGAGAGGGGGGUGGGGGUGGGGGCGUGGGGGGUUCUCUUAUUGGCGGGGGGUGGGGGUGUCUGGUUGCGACCUAUGCUUGACCACCUAUGACGGCGGCAAGUGAAAAAUUCUGGAUCACUUAUAUGUUAUUUUAUAUCAAAAAAUGAAAGGAGGAAAAUAUAUGAAAAGGACUUAAAGGAUAUGAUAUCUGGAUUAACCACAAUACAAACUUUGAAUUAUAUCCAGCCUGCAAGGCCGAGUGCUGAUAUCUAUGAAGUCAAAUAUAAUUUUAGAAUUGAGUACACGCAGCAAGGAUAUGCAAGUUUGCUGAGUAAAGAAAUAUCAGGAAAAGUGACAAGAGAAAAUGAUCCUCAAAUUUUUAACAUUGUUUGUGAUUUUGCGUUGACUAUAUUAACUUUGGUUGAGAAAAGAGAGUUUAAGAGAGUCAUGAUUUUAGAAUUGGAGUUUAUCGAGGAUAUUGAGAAAGUUGUUUGACUUGCAUAUGCGAGAAAUAUCCAAAUAGCCAAGCCAGAGGUUUGUUUAAACCAAAAAAUUCAGUCUCCUUCAGAUUUAUGGACGAUCCCUUUGAAAAAGCAAACGAAAUAUGCUUUAGAGUGUGAUUUAGCUAGCUAUGAUGACUCGCUUGCUGUUGAUAAAAUUGAAGAAAAUCGAUACAUAAGUAAAAGAGGCCAUUUAAGGAAUAGAGAAAGUAAUUUAAAUAUUCCAAUAAAAAUACUGCAUCCAAAUGAAUUUAAAAGAACUGACACCCCUAAUAAUAAUUAUUACUCAGAAGAGGUCAGAAAAGAAGCUUUAUCUAAAGAAAUAAGCCCAGAUACUCCUAAGUCUGAAAGAAAAAUAAACCAAGAAUUAAUCCAAAAUGUAAGAAGACUCGAAGCAAAAAAGAAAUCAGCCCUUUUUGAAGAAUUAAGUAAAUACCCAGAUCUUCGAGCAAAAAUGAGAAAAAGAGGACUGUAUGAAGAUUACUUAGCACCAAAAGUAAAUAGCAAAAUAAGUUUGCAGAAGGUAAAAUCAGAAACUCAUUUAGAAGACUAUUCUACGCUAGCGUCUAACAAUUUAGUUUUAAAAAUUCCCAAACUUAGAAAGAAGGAAUUUUUCAACUUUAAAAUCAAAACCAAGCCAAAUGUAAGAAGGAAAAGAUCAAAAAGCAAGAAGAAAAAUAGCAGGCUCCCUACAGUCAAUAUUAGUCCAACUGCAUCCGAGCUUGUGCUAAAUGAAAUCAAGAUAAGAAGUAUGAAAAAGAGCUUGACCCAAAAAAUUGAGCCUGACAAUUCACAACUAUUAAGGCUAAACUCGUUGAAAGUCCUUUCUCUUCAUUAA